AUGGACGCCCCCAGCUGCGGGACUGGGGGGGACAGUGCCCCCAGACGUCAGGGAGGGCGCAGUAAGGGCAGCCUGCCCUCCCCCGGCUACAGACUCUCGCAGGCGUCCCUGGAGGGCGACAAGGCUUCUCUGGUGGGGGACGGAGGGUCCGGGGGACGCAGCCGCCGCCUCUCCAUCCUGAGCUCCUCCGCCAGGGAUGGCCUCGCCUUCCGCACGGCGGGCACGCCGACCGCCCCGGUGCCCCUGCCGCCUCGCUCGGUGGGCUUCGCCACGUCCCGCGCCGCCCCGGCCUCCACGUCCUCGUCGGCGGGCAUGAUGGUGGUGGCCACGGGCCCCGAGAGCACCACCACCACCACGGCGGCGGGGACACCUGAGACGAUGCUGGGUGGGUUGGGCCUGGGGCUGGACGGGGAGGACUACAGCAGCUCCAACCAGAGCACCUUCAUCCAGAGGCAGUUUGGCGCCAUGCUGCAGCCCGGCGUCAACAAGUUCAGCCUCCGCAUGUUUGGCUCCCACAAAGCUGUGGCCCUGGAGCAGGAACGCCUCAAAUCAGCGGGUGCGUGGAUCAUACACCCCUACAGCGACUUCAGGUUCUACUGGGACCUGCUGAUGCUGAUGCUGAUGGUGGGCAACCUCAUCGUGCUGCCGGUGGGCAUCACCUUCUUCCGGGACGAGAACACGGCGUCCUGGAUCAUCUUCAACGUGCUCUCCGACACGCUCUUCAUGGUCGACCUGGUGCUCAACUUCCGCACCGGCAUCGUCAAGGAGGACAACACCGAGAUCCUGCUGGACCCCAGGGCCAUCCGCCACAAGUACCUGAAGACCUGGUUCCUGGUGGACUUUGUGUCGUCCAUCCCGGUGGACUACAUCUUCCUGAUGGUGGACAGCCUGGACUCGGAGGUCUACAGGACGGCCAGGGCGCUCCGCAUCGUGCGCUUCACGAAGAUCCUCAGCCUGCUGCGCCUGCUCCGCCUCUCCAGACUUAUACGAUACAUCCACCAGUGGGAGGAGAUCUUCCACAUGACCUACGACCUGGCCAGUGCCAUGGUGAGGAUCGUCAACCUGAUCGGGAUGAUGCUGCUGCUCUGCCACUGGGACGGCUGCCUGCAGUUCCUGGUCCCCAUGCUGCAGGACUUCCCCCCCGACUGCUGGGUGUCCAAGAACCUGAUGGUGAACGACACCUGGGGCAUUCAGUACUCCUACGCUCUGUUCAAAGCCAUGAGUCACAUGCUGUGCAUCGGCUACGGGGCCCAGGCUCCUGAGGGCAUGAACGACGUGUGGCUGACCAUGCUCAGCAUGAUCGUGGGCGCCACCUGCUACGCCAUGUUCAUCGGCCACGCCACCGCCCUCAUCCAGUCCCUGGACUCCUCCCGCCGCCAGUACCAGGAGAAGUACAAACAAGUAGAACAGUACAUGUCCUUCCACAAGCUUCCUGCGGACGUGCGACAAAAGAUCCACGAGUACUACGAGCAUCGCUUUCAGGGCAAAAUGUUUGAUGAGGAGAACAUCCUGGGAGAACUCAGUGAGCCGCUGAAAGAAGAGAUCGUCAGCUUUAACUGCCGUAGCUUAGUGGCUAACAUGCCGCUGUUUGCUAACGCCGACCCCAACUUUGUGACCGCCGUGCUCACCAAGCUGCGCUUUGAGGUCUUCCAGCCGGCAGACUUCAUCAUCAGAGAAGGAACAGUCGGCAGGAAGAUGUACUUCAUUCAACAUGGACGAGUCGGCGUGCUGACCAGAGGCAACAAGGAAACCAAGCUGAGCGACGGCUCUUAUUUUGGAGAAAUCUGUUUGCUGACUCGAGGGCGGAGGACAGCCAGUGUCCGUGCUGACACCUACUGCAGGUUGUACUCACUCAGUGUGGACAGCUUCAAUGAGGUGCUGGAGGAGCACCCCAUGAUGCGGCGGGCCUUUGAAACCGUCGCCGUGGACCGUUUGGACCGAAUAGGAAGGAAAAACUCAGUGCUCCUGAGGAAGUCAUCUCAAGGUGGUUCACUCGGGGGAAGUAUGGGCCGUGGAGGGGGUCGGGGUGCAGGAGGUCCAGGGGCAGGUGUAGGUCUGGCAGCAGGCAGUCUGGGUUCCUGUGACAGCUUACUGGUGCAGCAGAUUGUCAAACACGACAGCAUGCCGGCCAUGCAGGACGCCAUCACAGCGGCCGCGGCAGGAAGAAGCACCGCCAUUGGAAGAAGUGGCACCAUGUCUCCCAGACCUCGUCCCCUCAUCUGGGCACCGCUGGUUCAUGCCCCCCUGCAGACAGCGGCUGCCACAAGUAACGUGGCCAUCGCCCUCAUGCACCAGCAGCAGCAGCUACAGCAAUUGCAGCAACAGCAUGCACUGGGGGGCACUUUCUUCCUGCCUUCUCCUCUUAUAUCACCGUCCCCCUCCUCCUCCUUCCCGCUCUCGCCUCCUCGUGCCCCCAUCUUGCAACCCCUUCGCCCAUCAGUCAGCUCCCUCAUUGGAAUGAUGGCAAUGAGCGGGAUGGGAGGUUUGUCUCCAAGAGCAGGAUUCCCUGCCUCUCCUUCCACCAUCGGCCCACCAGGUGGGUUUAUCCCCCCACCAGGUGGGUUUAUCCCCCCACCUGUGGCCAAGACAACCCCCGCUCCGGCGUCUUCUAUGCCAACGUCUCUCCAACAAGGAAGGACUAUUCACUACAACCUGCGCCUCCAGGCUGAUCAUCUUCCAGCACUUGCUGGAUCUGUCACAACCCCAACAGGAGGAGGAACAUCAAACCCACUCUUAAACAAGAUGCAAACCUACAACCCCCCCGCUGCCCCAGGUGGCCCAGAUAGCAAUGCUCAUGUGAACAGCCAACAGGGAGCAAAAGAAGCACUUAUGCGGCAUGGCGGUAACAGCUGUCAGGGUCUACCAGCAUUGGGCAGGCUCACCCAGGAGGCCAGACUGAUGUCUGCCUCGCAGCCCACUUUGCCUCACCGCUCUUGGGCUGGCGUGCAACCUCAUCCCCCUCUCCACCGGAAGGCCUCAGGUGGAAAUUUGCUCACAGCUCCUUUCCUGGUGGGGCAGUUAGCCCGAGGUGGAAGUGCGGGAAUACUCACCUCUAAUCCUGCAGUGCCACCUGUAGGAAAUAUGGCCCAAAUACAGCAACAGGCCCCAGCCCCCAUUCAGCCUACUAUGUACACACAGUGCUUCCCUCAUGUUACCCCCAUGCCCACCUUCACAGCUCCACAAAUGCCUUCGGCCCCUGCCACCCCCUCACCAGUGCCCACACCACCAUCUUCUAAUCCGAUGAACUCGCAGACUCCCCAACCAAAGCCACCGUCUCGCUCCUCAUCACCACCUUCUUGCUCCACCCCUCCCCUGACAGUAACAACCCCAUUGUCUUUGACACCGCGCCCCAAACCGUUCGCUAGCCCUUCUCCUCGCUCAUCAUCCCCGUCGCCGUCCUCCACUCCUCCCCCCUCCUGUGUCUCAACUCCAGUUCCCUUACCUCAAACAUUUGGAGCCAAGUCCUCUCUGAGCUCCUCGCCUCCAUCUCCAGCGGUCUCCACUACACCCCCACAAAGCGCACAAGUUAAAGCUUCCAACACACUGCCCGCCGCAUCACCAUUGUCCGGGACCAGCCCUGCAACAACCCCAGUCCCGUCACCAACUCUCACACCCAGACAAACUCCCAUUGAGACAUUGGCCCCAUCUUUUACGCCAACCUCCAACCCUUCCCUGAGCAAAUCCUCAAGUCCAACUUCUUGUCUUCAGCCUUCAGUCUUAAAUUCCGCCAGGACUCCAACCCCGAGCCAAAUCCCCAAACCUUCCCUCGCUCCUCCCCCUGCGAGCACAAACUCCCCCACCAAAGUCAGAUUCACCGUCCAUCCGGUAAAGCAAACCCUUACCCCGAGCACCACGUCCACGUUGAAUCGUCCCACAAAAUCAUCCCCGAGCUCCGUGAAGAACACCGCAACACCGACUGACUGUGCUACAGCAUCCGCCCACCUCCCGAAACAAAUCAUAACCCCAAACGCUGCCCUUACCCAUCCCUCCAAAACCAAUGCGCCCUCCUCCCUGGCUAAGCCCAUGCAGGCUUCUACCGUCGCGCAAGCCACACACACCGCCACCCCAGCUACCAACACCUCGCCAAAAGGGGCUAAAAGGGAACCUCAGCAGUCACGAGCCAGAAAAGACUCCGAAGGGUUGAGGCACCAACUGCCGGCUAACAUGUAAACAUACAAAAAUAAAAACAGCAGCAAGGAUGUAGCUUGUGCCGGCUGACCAUGACGGUACAAACAACCAUUCUCCUGUGGACAACUUCAUGGUGUUUGCAUCCACGCUAGGAUAAGAUCGUCGGAGUUUGUGUGACUCGACAUGCAUUGGCAUACCUGUCAAUGGUUGUUGGAGCGGCAAGGAAACAGAGGUAGAAACUUGACUCAAGGAGAGGUUAAAAAAACUUUGAUUACUUCUACUGGUUAAUCAAAAGAGCAAUACAUGUGAGACAUCUUCCAAUACUGUGCUAAAGUCUGAGGCCACUGCUGGAUUUGUUCUUUUAAUGCGCAGCAAUAGUCCACAGUAGGACACAAUGACAUUGGUCAGGAAUCCAGACUAUGUCCAUUUACGUCCAAAGAGAAGCGGCGUCCUGGUGAAUGUAUCGGUGCAUUCCAGGAUGCUGGGAAGUAAGAAACCCUCAAAAGCUUCAGCCCGCGUUUUAUUGGUCAAGCAGAAAUUCAAAAG